AUGCCCCACGACACUGAGGGAGAAGGCAUGUUUGCUGGCGACACCGCCUUGCAGACCAGCGCACCUCCCGAGAUACCAGGUUCUGGCGUCCUCUCGGAAUUUGGCCAAGGCAUCGUCGAGAAAGAUUACCGUCAGGGCAGAGUGUCCAUGAUUGAAGCACCGGCAGGGAGCCUGAUUCACUACAAGGCCAUCUAUCAUGAUGAGGUGGGCGAUUAUAAAAACGCAACCCCAGGCGUGGCGCACGGCAACCACACAGUCACAGCAAACCACACGGGCUCCGCGAAUCACACAGUUGUGGCGAGAUGGGAGGCAGGCAAAGAAUUCUACGCCUGGUGUGCUGCAAAUGCCCCAUGGGGCGCAUUUAACGUGGCCUGGAAAGCAUGGAAAGGCAGCAGAACCGAUAUUCGCAACGCAGCGAAGGGGUGCUUGGAGGGCAUGCGACAAGUUGCUGAGUCAAACUGUGGCCUUUCACGAGUUAUUGUCGGCAGCGGCGAUUGUGUGUGUGGAUAUAUCUUGGGUGACAAGAUUGAUGCUGUUCAGUUCGGGUCUGCCAACUCCGCCGUCGGCGGGCUUGCUUGGGCAAAGGAGCAAAUCGACUACAAUUAUAAUUAUCUCAAUGCGAAUGUCUGGCAUCGCAAUAUCCGCGACCGCAACUAUCGCGUUGGUAUUGCUGUCGGUUGCCGCCAGGGUGUGGAUGAAGAGAAGCGUGUAAAUGCUCAGUUGGAUCUAUGGCAUAAGGGUGAUGACUACCAGCGCAGUGAUGACUCUGGGCGUACAACGGGCAUCAAAUUGAGUGGCAAGCCAUCUGAGCCAGACCAUAAGCAUGAUGAGCUAUAG